CUCACUCACUUCCAAUGGCGACAUUACUCUCAAGUUUUGUUCCUUUGCUGGUUCUUGUUUCGAUUUCCUCUAAUUUCCCAAUUUCGUUUUCCACCGAAGAAACUGUGAAGACGUACAUCUUUCGUGUAGAUUCUCAAUCGAAGCCGUCCAUUUUCCCCACUCACUAUCACUGGUACACUUCCGAGUUCGCCGAGCCAACUCGUAUCCUCCACACAUACGACACCGUCUUCCAUGGCUUCUCGGCGUCUUUAACAGAAGCACACGCCGCUUCCCUCAGUAACCACCCUUCUGUUCUCGCUGUUUUCGAAGAUCGCCGCCGAGAGCUUCACACAACACGCUCUCCUCAGUUCCUCGGCCUCCGGAACCAUUACGGGCUUUGGUCGGACUCCGAUUAUGGGUCCGAUGUUAUAAUCGGAGUCUUUGACACUGGGGUCUGGCCCGAACGACGAAGUUUCUCGGACACGAAUCUCGGACCGGUUCCUGCUCGCUGGAAGGGGGUUUGCCAAACCGGAGUCAGAUUCGUGGCUAAUAACUGUAACCGCAAACUAAUCGGUGCGAGAUUCUUCUCUAAAGGUCAUGAAGCGGCCACUGGACCGGGUGGUCCUAUCGCCGGAAUCAACCAAACGGUCGAGUUUAUGUCGCCGAGAGAUGCUGACGGUCACGGAACCCACACGGCUUCUACGGCCGCCGGGAGACAUGCAUUUCGAGCCAGUAUGGGAGGUUACGCCGCCGGAAUAGCGAAAGGUGUGGCGCCUAAAGCGAGACUGGCGGUUUACAAAGUCUGUUGGAAGAAUUCAGGUUGUUUCGAUUCCGACAUUUUAGCUGCUUUCGAUAGCGCCGUUAAUGACGGCGUCGACGUAAUUUCGGUUUCGAUCGGUGGGGGAGACGGAAUAUCCUCUCCGUAUUAUCUUGACCCGAUAGCAAUUGGAGCAUACGGUGCGGUUUCUCGAGGAAUAUUUGUUUCAUCCUCGGCUGGAAACGACGGACCUAACAUAAUGUCAGUUACCAACCUUGCUCCUUGGUUGGUCACCGUCGGAGCGGGAACAAUCGACCGGAAUUUCCCCGCUGAUGUCGUCCUAGGUGAUGGACGGAGGUUAAACGGCGUGUCGUUAUACUCCGGCGUGCAGUUAAAAGGAAAGAUGUAUCCCGUGGUUUAUCCUGGAAAAUCCGGUGACCUCUCAGCUUCUUUAUGCAUGGAGAAUUCUCUUGAUCCUAUCGUUGUUAAGGGAAAAAUCGUAAUCUGUGAUCGAGGAAGUAACCCAAGGGUGGCUAAAGGCAUGGCUGUGAAGGAAGCUGGUGGUGUCGGCAUGAUUCUUGCUAACGGUGCUUCAAAUGGUGAAGGCUUGGUCGGCGAUGCUCAUCUUUUGCUCGCCUGUGCUCUCGGAUCUGAUGAAGGGGAUGCGGUGAAGAAAUACGUUUCGUCGUCGUCGAAUCCAACAGCUACUAUAGAUGUUAAGGGUACUAUCAUCGGCAUCAAGCCUGCUCCGGUUGUGGCUUCUUUUUCUGCUAGAGGACCCAAUGGGUUAAACCCUGAAAUUCUUAAGCCGGAUCUGAUUGCUCCUGGGGUUAACAUUUUGGCUGCUUGGACUGAUGCCGUUGGCCCAACCGGGUUAGACUCUGAUCCAAGGAAGACGGAGUUUAACAUCCUGUCCGGAACUUCCAUGGCUUGCCCUCAUGUUAGUGGUGCAGCGGCUUUGCUUAAAUCCGCACACUCUGAUUGGAGCCCGGCUGCAAUUCGAUCCGCAAUGAUGACUACUGCAAGUAUAACCGAUAAUACAAAUCGGCCUAUGAUCGAUGAAGCAACUGGGAAGCCUACGUCUCCUUACGAUUUCGGUGCUGGACAUCUAAAUCUUGGUCGUGCAAUGGAUCCCGGACUUAUUUAUGACAUCACCAACAAUGAUUAUGAAAGCUUCUUGUGUGCUAUUGGUUAUAAUCCCAAGUUAGUUCAAGUUGUUACGCGGUCUCCGGUGGUUUGUCCAAUGAAGAAGCCAUUGCCUGAGAACCUUAACUACCCAUCAAUUGCAGCAUUGUUUCCAACCACAUCAAGGGGUCCAUCGAGCAAAACGUUCACUAGGACUGUGACUAAUGUGGGUCAGGCAAACUCCGUUUACGUCGCGAAGAUAGACUCACCUAGAGGAGUUACUGUGAUGGUGAAGCCGAUGAAGUUGGUGUUCACACCAGCGGUGAAGAAGAUAAGCUAUUUCGUGACCAUAACAGCAGAUAGCAAGCAUCUGGUGCUGGACGAUGCGGGAGCUGUUUUUGGGUCACUGACAUGGACAGAUGGGAACAAUAAGCAUGUGGUGAGGAGCCCCAUCGUAGUUACUCAACUCGAUCCGUUGUAAACUAGUGAAGCUCUGGGCUCGGGGUUUCGCUCGAUCAAUGUAGGUUUUGAUCGAAGUGGAAGAAUGGGGUCACUGAGUUUUUAAGGUAGCAUAAAUGUAGAACUUACUACUACGCAUAGUGAAAGCACUUUGUUCCCUUAUUGUUGUUUUCAAUGGCAAGGGUAGGAAGAGGAGGGUCCUUUAAUUUAAAAAACUGGAUUUGAGGGUGAUUUGGUGUGAGCUAAUUUCUCUUCAUUAUAUAUGUGUGACUUCAAGAAGUUUAUGUAAUACAGAAUAGUUUUAAGAGAAAAGAAAUCCCCGUCACUAUUCUGUUAUUUCAACAUACUUUUCUUUUUGUCUUGGUCUUGAUUUGAACAA